AUGUGUGCUGGGCCCGCGGGUCUCAUGGCCGCUUGGUGGAUGGCGCGUUGUGGCACCAAGGCACGCAUCAUCGACAAGCGUGGAACCAAGGUGAUCAAUGGCCAUGCCGACGGGCUGAGGCCACGUACGAAUGAGUUCUUCGACAGUAUGGGCGGGGGGAUAAUUGAGAAGCUUGCGAAAGAAUCGUUCAUAUUCGAAAACCUGAAGAACUGGUUCCGAGAUUCUAACGGACAACUCAUCCGUGCAGGUACGCAGCAGCUUCAGGGAGACUACGUCAACGACCUACCCUCUCCUUUCCUGGCUACCACUAUCUCCCAGGGACGUAUUGAACGUUUCAUCCUCGAUUCAAUCGCUGAGGUUUCCAACGGCGGGUUCAAGGUGGAGCGCGGUGUUGUGGCUGAAUCCCUCGUCUACGAUGCUUCCCAAGAGAAUAACCCACACAACUAUCCUAUCCAACUGACUUUGCGUACGCUUUCCGACAUUGAGGCGAAUCCACCCCCAGCACCAGGUGCUUUUGGCGGACGGGAUGUCAUCGCCAAGGGCAAUUUACCGGACGAUGAGGUACAUCAGGAGAGCGGUACUAGCGGCUCGCCCGGGCAUGUUGAGCUAGUCAAGGCCAAAUACGUGAUCGGUUGCGAUGGCGCACAUAGCUGGCUUAGGCAACAGCUGAACUACAAGCUUGAAGGCGCCUCAGCUCACUCCGUAUGGGGCGCGAUAGACAUUGUCCCAAUGACGAAUUUCCCCGAUAUACAUCACCCUUCCUUCAUCAAGACUGAGCUAGGGAUACUGAUGAUCAUCCCCCGCGAGCGCAAUAUGACGCGUCUCUACGUACCCUUGGAUACCGCGUCUUCUAACGAAAGGCUUGAUCGCUCAUCAGUCACUCUCGACCAGAUCUUCCAAAAAGCCAAAAAGUUCUUCCAGCCGUACACACUAGACUUCAAAGUUUGUGAAUGGUGGAGUGUGUAUGGGGUCGGUCAGCUUGUUGCCGAACGCAACCAACAUCCCUCCGCUCGCAUCUCUCUAGCUGGAGACGCUGUACACAUGCAUUCACCCAAGAUCGGAUUGGGCAUGAACACAAGCAUGCAAGACGGAUACAACCUCGGAUGGAAAGUUGCCAUGGCAGCAGCUGGUAUAGUUCGCGAUGAGAAAGCUCUCCUUACGACUUAUGUGGGGGAACGAUACCCCAUCGCUCAACGACUCGUCGCUUACGAUCGAACACUUUUCGGUGAACACGGAAUCGUUGACCCCGGAGAGUACCUCAAGCAACAUGAGCGGUUCAAAGAGUUCGCAGACGGCUUCAAGCUCGAUUAUCCGGAAAGCAUGUUGGUUGCCAAAACGUUGUCUAACCAAGCUGCUGCGACUGGGCUCAUUAUUGGAGAGUCUUUCAAACAUCAACGAGUUUUAGGCCACGUGAACUCGCAGCUGUACUGGACUACCAAGCUAUUUCAGAGUGACGGUCGCUUCAGGAUUGUCCUUCUGGCUGGAGACGUGAGUCUUCCAAAUCAAAUGGCCAGAGUCAAUACGUUCUGCAAAGAACUUGACGAAGAGAAGAAAGACAGGAACGGUAAUGCGACAUCGCUUCUUCGCACCCGAUACCCAUACUGCUUCGUCCAGCCCUCGCCUCCGCUGUUGCGGAAUGCCCUGGCCACCAGCCAACAUCCUGCCAUCUCUUUCCUCCACGAAAGACCCUGCAAGUCGAUGAUUGAUCUUCUCGCCAUCCACAGCACCGUUGGUAGCACGGACUCUAUCUCAAUGUUUGACUUCCCUGUCGCACUGUACGGCCCUUUCGACGCCGAUUACCAUGGCUGGGACCACACACGUAUCCAUGUUGAUCAGGCUGUGCACUAUGACCGCUACUGCGAUGGUUUGGCGUACGAGAGAUGGGGCGUUGACAGAACGAAAGGUGCUGUCGUUGUAAUUAGGCCUGAUAUGCACGUGGGAUGGGUCGGUGAUCUAGAAGAUACACAGGCUAUAGAGUUAUACUUUUCUACUAUCUUUAAGUAG